AAGAUAUAAUUUUAUUUAUUUAUCAAAGAAUAUUGAUAUAAUCAGUAAUUCUUAGAGAAUCGUUAAUAUUUUUUAUACAUUUUAUGUCAUAUUAUUACAGUAAAGCAUGUCUAUUAAUGCUUUCUGUACAAUGAAAGAAAUUUUGAUGUUAAUACUGGCAAAUUUUUAUUUGGAUUAAUUAUACAUUGGUUAAACCAUUAAAUUUGGAAAUAACCAAAUGUUCUUAUAUCUUCUAUGACGUUUUGAAGCUUCAAUCAUUGAAAGAGAUAUUGCUGAAGAAACAGUCAUCUCCUAUUCAUCAUUUAUCCCGCCACCAUGACGGAGGUUCCUCUAUAUGAUUCAACUAUUUGUCGAUUAUGUGCAGAAAAUAAUGCAAACGGAGAAUUAUUAUACACUAGUGAAGGAACUGAACCUGAUUUGGGCUUUAUGGUUAAUCGUUAUUUACCAUUAAAGAUUCGAGAUGAUGGUAAAUUACCAAGAACCAUUUGCCCAGGAUGUAACAUUCAACUUGAAGCAACAGUUCAAUUUUUCGAUUUAUUAAUUGAUGGUCAACGAAAGAUUCGUGAGUUAUGGAAACAACAAACAGAACAACAAAAAAAGGUUGAUCGAGAUCGUUUAAAAGUGGAAAGAGAAAAUAUAGAAUUAUCAAUUGAAACACCAGAAGUAGACCAGUUUAAUGAUAAAAAUAAUCAAGACUCUUUUGCACAAGAAAUUGUCAUAAAAAUUUUGCCUGAUGGUUCUAUGUAUGCCGCAGAACAUGACAUGAGUUUACAAAUGGAAGGUUUAGAAAAGCCACGAAGAAAACGUGGUCGUCCACCGAAGAGUCAUUUCGAAGAUGAAUUGAAAGAGGCUGAAGAAAGUCAAGACAUAAGUCAGGAAGAAGAGGACAAACCAGAUGAAGAAGAUGAUCUAGACGGUGAUGGUAGACGGCGGAGAAAACGGAAAAUUCCCAAACGAUUUUCUGAAGUUGUCCAAGGUAAAGAACUAGAAAGAAUAUUCAAAGAAGAAGGAGUAAUUGAUGAUGACGAUGAUGGAAGAGAGUACAAUGAUGUCGAUGAACAACAAACUCUAUCCAUUCCUGAUGUAAAUGAAGAAGUUAUUGGACAUUUAGAAACGGAAGAAGGUAAAGAUUUAGGAGAAUUAGUUAUUGUUAAUAAAGGUAGAGGUCGAGGAAGACCUCGAAUACAAAAGAAAAAGAAUAAAUUUACAUGUAAUUUAUGUGGUAGAGGCUUUUUACAACGUAGUAGAUACAUAAUGCACAAAAGUUAUCAUAAAAAUAUGAAAUACGAAUGUUCAGAAUGUAAUAAAAUAUUUACUAAUGUAGACAAUUUUAACCUCCAUCAAAAAACUACUGGUCAUUCUGGUGAAAUAAUUAAAAAUUUUGAAUCAACAAAUACUCAAAUGCAAGUGAAACCUGUUUCUAACAAGCCUGAAAUCUUUUCAGAAACUUCCAAAAGUACUAUUGAAAAAUUUACAACUGAUGAAAUUGAAAAGAACGAAAAUGAAGCAGACUAUAACAUAGAUGAAGUAGAUGAUAAAUCUGAACCAAAAGAUGAAUUGGAAAGUAUUGAAUGUUCACAAUGCAAUAUUACAUUUCAUCUUAAAGAUGAUUAUGAAAUUCAUAUGAAAGAAAUUCAUCUAUUAGAAAAACCUUACGUUUGUACUAUCUGCGACAAAUCUUUCAUUUUUCACUCGAGCUUGAAAGGACAUGUAUUAACUCAUGAUACAAAUAAAACGGAAAAAGGAUAUACUUGUGAUAUUUGUGGAAAAGUUUUAAAUCAUCCAAGUUCUGUUGUAUACCAUAAAGAAGCUGAACACAAUAAUGGAAGAAGAUUUGUUUGUAACAAAUGUGGUAAAAGUUUCAAACAUAAACAACUUCUCCAACGCCAUCAGCUUGUCCAUUCAGAUGAUCGUCCUUAUAUGUGUAAAUCUUGUAAUGCAAGUUUCAAAACAAAAGCUAAUUUAAUUAAUCAUCAAUCAACUCAUACGGGAGAAAAAAAAUAUUCUUGUGAAAUUUGUAAUCAACAAUUUGCUCAUAAAACAAGCCUAACAUUACAUUAUCGCUGGCAUACUGGUCAUAAGCCGUAUAAAUGUGAUAUUUGUUCUAAAAGUUUUUCACAAAAUGGAAAUCUGCAAGAACAUAUGCGUAUUCAUACUGGGGAAAAACCCUACUCUUGUGAUCACUGUGGUCGAAAAUUUACUACAUCUUCGCAAUUUAAAUUACACGUUAAAAGACAUACUGGAGAACGGCCAUGGAAAUGUGAGUUCUGUGCCAAGAGUUUUCUACAUAAAGAUACUUGGAAAUGUCAUGUUCGGAGACAUAAAGGUGAACGUCCAUUUCAAUGUGCUCAUUGUAACCGAGGUUUUACAGAACAAUGGGCAUUAAAAAAACAUCUUCGAUUACACACCGGAGAGAAACCGUAUUCUUGCGAUGUUUGUGGUAAAGCUUUCGCUGAUUGUUCUAAUUUAACGAAGCAUAAAAAAGUUCAUAGGGAACCAAAAUUAUUAGAAAUAAAUGGAAUUAAACCAGCAACAAAUGAAGAGCUCUGGCAAAUUUUACCAGCAACUCAAGAAGGUGAUGAAAAUUCACUUGGAGAACAUAUUACCCAAGUUAUAACUACAGAGGAAGGGUCCGAAGAUGGAGUACCGCAAAUAAUUUACGUAUCUUAUCAAGAUCCUGAUGAUCCUAACCAAUCAAGAACAUUGCAUUUUGGAAUGAUUGAAGAUAAAGAAGCCGAAAAUUCCGGUCAAACUUUAUCAACAUUAGAAGUUGAAGAAAAUGAAAUGAUUUCAAAACAUUCUUCUCAUACAAUACACGAAACCGAUGAUCAAAUAGGAAUGCAUAUAAGUGAUCAGAGUUUACAAUUGCAAAUUACUGAUGAGGAGGGUAAUCCAAUUCCGUUGUCAAUUCAAGAUGCUAGACAAUUAUUAACCGAUGGAGAACUUGUCAGUCAACUUAAUAAUGGUCAAACAAUAAGAGUACAUUCAGGAGUCAUUUCUGAAGAAUUGGCAGAACAACUUGGAGUACAUCUUCGACAACCUUCAAAUGUUCAAAAUUCUGUAAAUCAAGGUUCAACAUCUACUAUUGAUUCAUCAUCGUCUCAAACUAAUACUAAUGCCAUAGUUAAAGUUUUAACGAAUAACCAUGAAACAGAAACUGUUACAGCUGAUCAAACUUCUGAGGAAGCUCCUUCGAUAACUGAUAGUGAACAGGCUAUUGAAUUUACUACUGAAGAUGGACAGAAAUUACGGCUUGUUCCAUCUUACCAUGUUGAUUCUCUUCAGUUAACCUCUGAAUAUCUUACUAUAGUUUAGGUGCAUACAGAAUAGAGAAAUUUUGGUUGCUGCAUCGAAACACCAAAAUUAGUUUAAAUUUUGAACCCAUUUACAAGCAUAGUAGUUAGAAAGUAAAAUGAUGAAUAUAUAUAUAUUUACAAUAUAUAUAUUAAAUAAACCAUUCAAUUUAAACUUUCUCAUGUAUACCAACGAUGAGUUUUUUGGUUACACAGUAAGUUAUUGUUAAUAACUAUUAAUAAGUUUCUUAAAUAUAUUAUAUAUUAUAUAUAUAAUAGUAUUAAGUUAUAAAUGUAAAUACUUCUGUAAAUAUUUUCAAAUA